CCUCCUAAGCACCGUACAAUGAUCUACGCGUUUGACAGGGCUUUCGAAGGUUCUUUCUCUGUCCUUUGCUGUGCCUUUGGUUGGGAUCUUGUUUGAGAAGAUGUUUGGGUAUGACACAAAAGGUAUUGAUCCUUUGAAAGGUCCGUCUGUGCGUGUAGCUGAGGCUCUCUCCAAGGGGCUUUUGUCUAUGAUGGCUGUUCCCUUUGGACUCUCUUGUCUCUCUUACACGCCUCUGCAGUUCUAUUCUUUAAAUUUUGUAGCAUUGUUGGAAACUGGAAACAUUCUUCAUUCUUCAUUCUUCAUUUGAUGAAGAACUUGUUUUGAAGGCAAGUUGAUACUAUUCUAUUACUACAAUCAAGACAUUUUGGCAUCAAUCUUUAGUGCAAUGGUUUUUAUGAUACUGUUUGUUAUCUUCUACUUUUUUAUUCCUAUAAAAGUCUUAUGUUGACGGUGGAUUUACAUAAGUUUUUCUUGCAGAGAAAAGCUGAAGAGAUUAAACCGUAUUUAAAUGGACGAUCUAUGUAUCUUGUUGGAAUGAUGGGUUCCGGGAAGACUGACAGUUGGAAAGAUAAUGGCAAGAGAGCACUUGUUUAUACAUUCUUUGAUUGUGACACAUUGAUCGAGGAGGCGAUGAAUGGAACUUCUGUAGCUGAGAUAUUUGAGAAUUUCGGUGAGAGUGUCUUCAGAGAGAAAGAGACCGAGGCAUUAAAGAAGAUCUCUCUGAUGUACCACCAAGUUGUUGUGUCAAAAGGUGGAGGUGCGGUUAUAAGACCCAUUAACUGGAAGUAUAUGCAUAAAGGUAUUAGCAUUUGGCUUGAUGUUCCGAGAAUUGCUGCUGUAGGAACUAAUUCAAGACCAUUGUUACAUGAUGAUGAGUCAGGAGGAGGCCCAUACACAGUGGCUUUAACCCGUCUUUCAACUAUAUGGGAAGCACGCGGUGAAGCAUACACUAACGCAAGCGCGAGAGUCUCCUUGGAGAGUAUGGUCCUUAUUCACUUUCCAUGUUCUAUUAUAGCUUUCCACAAUCUCUCAGCCCAUAUUGUGACUAGUUUACUCCAAAUUGGUCAGAUAUUACAUCAAAGCUCGGGUAUAGAAAAGUCUCAGAUCUUACACCAACUGAAAUCGCCAUUGAGGUACGCCGCAGAACCUCUAUGCUCCUAUUCAUUUAUGUACAAUUCAGUUUGUUAGUUUUGAUAACUUCUAACUGCUCAAUUAUUCAUAUUCAUCAUCAGGCCUUUGAGCUUUCUAAAUAAAGAGGACAGUCCGGAUGACUUCUAGUUGGAGACGGUUAAGUUUCUCCCCCGCAACAUCUGGUCAGUUUAAGUGUUCUUGUUCCAUCAGAAGAGCUUGUGUGUGCCUAGUUUUGACUGCUGUGUACAGUGUAUAUGAUUGAAUAAUGCCUGUUUGUUUGAUUUCUUUGUCAUCUGGACCAAAAGAUGGGAAAUAAGCCAUUUGAAUUUUAUAAUAAGAGAAUUUUCUGCAAGUUCAUCAUUGAGUCAUUAGGAAGUAGAAAACCAACUAUAUGUACACCAUAAAAAAAAAGCCACCACCAACCUACAAUC